AUGAUCUCUCUGGAUUCUAUCAGAGAUUAUCGUGAGGUCCAAGCUGGACCCUGUGGGUUCCUGACGGCCCUAGUUCACUACUUCGUGUUGUCCUCUAUUGCAUGGAUGGGUGUGGAAGGGUACAAUACCUACCUCAUCCUUGUGAAGAUCUUUAACACCUACAUCCAGAAUUUCAUGAGCAAGGCCUUCUUAGCUGCAUGGGGAAUUCCUGCUUUCAUCGUGGUUCUAACUGGAGCUAUUGCUAGAGGCUCUUAUGUUCAUGAUGAUAUAUGCUUUCUACAAUUCUGGGCUCAAAUCGGUGGUCUCCUGAUUCCCAUGGCCAUCAUCCUCCUCAUCAACAUUGCCAUCUUCAUUCUGGUGGUUCGACAGUUGCUCCGGUCAGCCAACAUCGCUGGUCGGGUGAAAAGAGAGUCUAAGGUAGAACGUCGAGAGACUAUCGAACGCGUCCAGAACGCGAUCUGCAUCUUGCUCCUGCUCGGUCUGACCUGGGUCACUGGAUAUCUUCUCUUGAUCCCGUCAUUCAGUCAGGUGGCUCAGCCAAUCUUCGUCGUCCUGAACUCCUUCCAAGGAUUGUUCAUCUUUCUACUCUACUGCGUCCGGAAGCCUCACAUCCGUAAGAAAUGGGGGCUAACUUGUUUCGACAAGUUGCUAAAGAACGGGGCAAGCACUUCCAGCGGUGUGGUGACCUCGACGGCGUCAUCCUCGUUAGAUGGCAUGGUAAGCAAAUUGCGCCCAGGAGCUUCGGGUAAUUACUUGCUGCCUACCAAAGCCGACCAUCCCAAUCCUAUGUGUAUGUUCAAUCCGACCUAUGAUAUCAGCCAGAUUGAGGAAGGGGUCACACCACCUAUACACAAAGAUAUCCAGAGCUCCACCGAGGACCAGAAAAGGGACACAUAUCGUGAUGCAAACACUGAUGUCGUGACGGGCAACGGUGAUUUUGCUUCCACCAACAAUGAUGCUCCUGUUAGUCUCCCUAAGGAUGCCGCGGAUGGCACCAUGCACAACGAGAGGAGUGAUGAUGUUGCUUCUGCAACAAGUGAUCAAGCCGUCAAUCUUCAAAUGGAUGCAACAGACGUCAGCAAAGGAAAUUAG